CAAGACAGGGGGUUCAGCUGGAUAACAGACAGAGAAAAGACAACAGCAAGAAGACACAGAAGGUUAGAAUGAUGAGGAUCACAUUUCUUCUUCUUCUCUCUGUCCUCCUGCUGCAGCUUGGGCACACCGAGGAUCACCACAAACAUAGAUCACAGCAACAGAAGUGUUCACACAGAUGUCACACAAUUCAGCCUCAGGGGGACCACCACCCUACCAAACCACUGAGCCCCCCUUUGGAGAAGGAGAUUCAGCCUCAGGGGGACCUCCGCCCUACCAAACCACUGAACCCCCCUUUGGAGAAGGAGGUUCCGGAAGGAUUACCCCUUGGCGAUGCACUCAAUCAAGAUGAUGUGAUUACAAAAACUGCUGUAACUGUAGCAGCGGAUUCUGAGAACACACAAUCGCAGCUGGAACCUAAACCCACCUCCAGUUUUAUCCCUCUCCCUCCUCUCCAUAAAGCCUCAGCCCGUAACCUGCUGUCUCAGGAGUGUGUGCUUGGGAAAUACACUCGCUUGUCCUGCGCUAAAGUAUUCUGCCCACCAUGGCAGCGCUGCAUCGAUGGGCAGUGUGUGUGUAAACUGCCCUAUCAGUGUCCACGGACUGGAGCAACUGCGUGUGGACUGAACGGGAGGAGCUACCUUUCCUUGUGCCACGCUCAGGCCAUCUCCUGCCGAUACAAAAAACCUGUAUUCUCUCACUACACUUAUCUCGGAAACUGUGCAGAGGACUCUUUUAAAGUGUCGUUACAGGAGCUCAAGGAUGAGCAGGUGGUUCGGGUGAGCAUAGUUAAUGAGGAAGUACUGAUUUGUGCUUCAAACUCAUGGGACACGGCAGCCGCUAAUGUUGUAUGCAGACACACCAGCAGUGAUAGCAGAGGAGCACUGGCAUUGGGGACGAGCAAGUUUAAGGAUGUAGAAGAACAGUAUGGCUUGAAGUGUAUCAGUGUACAGUGUACGGGAGCGGAGCACUCCCUGGCCGAAUGUAUACUUUCCAAACCUUUCCCCAUCAGUGAUAACACAUCUGUUGCUACAGUAACAUGCUACACAGAACAACAAGGCAGGGAGGAGUGUGAUGAGUUCCGCUGUGUUAAUGAGAAGUGUGUGUCGUGGGAACAUAUCUGUGAUGGACUGGAUGACUGUGGAGACAACAGUGAUGAAAUGUGCUGCACAGAUUGCCAAAAGGGUGCUUUCCACUGCAAAACUGGAGUGUGUCUACCACGCCAAGCUGUUGGAGAUCAGAUACGGGAUUGUUUAGGAGGCGAAGACGAACUCGAAACAUCCACAGACAUCAGUAAGAUUCGUCCUAAAUCAGAUUCACAAGUCUGGUCAAAUCCUAAGGAAGAUAUCCAGAAAGCACGCAAUCACACAGAGACUCUGCAGUGUGGAAUUCCCAACAUGGAGUAUGUUUAUAAGACAGAGGAAGAAGCACAAUACAGACGCACUAAACGUGUGGUGGGGGGAGAGGAAGCUCUGCCGACUCAGAUACAGUGGCAGGUGGCCGUGCAGGAAGAUGACAGAAUCCACUGCGGUGGUGCUUACCUGGGCGGGUGCUGGGUUCUGACUGCUGCCCACUGUGUCAGGCAGAAGCCCCAGGCAUUCCGGAUUAAAUUCUCUCUGUGGAAGAAGCUGUCUCUGCUGAAAACCACUGACAGUGUCCCUGUGAAGAACAUCAUCAUUCACCGUGACUACAACCCAAGCACCUAUGAGAAUGAUAUUGCGCUCAUCCAGCUGGAGGAAUUAGCCAAUGUGAAAGAGUGCCUCUACCCGAACCCGGCCGUGCGGUCCGUCUGUGUCCCCUGGUCCCCGCUGCAGUUUCCUCCCAACUACACCUGCACUGUCUCUGGUUGGGGACGCAACAAACAGGGAGACAGUGUGAACAUACUGAAGUGGGCCAGUGUGAAUCUCAUCUCUAACUGCAGGUCCUACUACAAGGAACGCUUCUACGAGGGAAUGUUGUGUGCAGGUGAUCUAGAGGGAAAUGUGGACUCUUGCCAGGGUGACUCCGGAGGUCCAUUAGUGUGUAAGGAUGCUAGUGGUGUGUCAUAUGUGUGGGGAAUCGUGAGCUGGGGAGAAAAGUGUGGAGAAGCCGGCUUCCCCGGAGUGUACACUGAAGUGGCUCAUUAUUUCGAGUGGAUUCGGCAACACACCGGCUGGUCUGUAGUCACCAAGUACAAUCAAUGAAGUGGAACCAGCUAGUCCAUUCUCACUUAUAAUGAGAAUAAUGGAGAUGAAGUUGAGAUAGAGUAGGUAUUGGUACUACAUAGGGUAGGCAAAGAGAUAGAGUAGGCAAAGUUGUAUUGGUAUUACAUUUAAACAGAUGGCCAUACAACAUGA